GCAAACAAAAGCGGAGCACAAGUUACAGAGACAUUUUCCAGCGGGCUCUUUCCCUUUGAGCAGCAUCGAAAACCCAAAAAAACAAAAGUAAAACAACAACAAAAGAAAAGCAAACAAUCAAAUCAAAUUUGCCUCCAUUUCCCUCUCUCACUCACAGCCACCUCACAAACAAAACAAGCAGUGCCAAUCCAGAGAAGAAACAAGAGAAAACAGAGAGAUGAACAAAUUCAGUAACACAGUGAUCGGGCUACUCAACUUGUUAACUCUAAUAGCCUCCAUUCCCAUAAUUGGGGGAGCGCUGUGGAUGGCGAGGAACAGCACGACGUGCGAGGGGUUCCUGCAGACGCCGCUGCUCGUGCUCGGGUUCGUCGUGCUGCUGAUAUCGCUGACGGGGUUCGUGGGGGCCUGUUUCAACGUCGCCUGGGCGCUGUGGCUCUAUUUGUUUGUCAUGUUGCUGCUCAUUGCCACGCUGUUGGGGCUCACGCUUUUCGGCCUCGUCGUGGCGAGUAAGGGCGGGGGCAGCGGCGGAGAACAUGGGCUGGGGGAUUAUUCAGAGUGGCUCAGGCAUAGAGUUGAUGAUCCUCGGAAUUGGAUGGCUAUUAGGAGCUGCAUUUUGGGGUCUAAUACUUGUAACAAGCUUUCCUCUUGGACUCCUCUUAAUUAUUUGCAGAGAGAUAUCACUCCCAUUCAGUCGGGUUGCUGCAGGCCACCAGCUUCAUGCAGCGAGAACGCGCAAGACCCCGAUUGCUACCGGUGGAACGGUGCGCCCAACGUGCUGUGCUACGAGUGUGAUUCAUGCAAGGCUGGAGUGCUUGAGACUGCCAGAGGGGACUGGCGUAAGCUCUCUGUUCUCAAUGUUGUGAUGCUCAUUUUCCUCAUUGGCGUUUAUUCCAUCGGUUGCUGCGCAUUCCGAAACACCAAACGAGCCGGAGCAGAUUACUCAUAUGGCGAGAAUCGAAUGACCAAAAUCCAACCCAGAUGGGACUACAAGAUGUGGAGAUGGUUGGAGGAUAGGAAAGAGCAGCUUUACUAACUGUGUACAUGCCUGUGUUCUUUGGUAUCCUAAAGUUGGGAAAAUGAAGUUCAGUUUUUCGAUUCCAGUGAAACAGGGAAUGGGUAUUUCCAGGGCUUUCUUUUCAUGCAGUGAUCUUAUGCUACUUUAAGUACAUGAUGAAGUUUACUUUUUUAUCCUAUUGUCACACCACUACUUUAUUUUUUGCCUUACUGACUUUGAAAAUUAUCCAACAUUCAAUACCAACAGGUGUAAAGUUGCUAAUCUACUUUGUUAGAUCAUUAUGGUGCAA